UCACAACUACACAAAAUGGGUUCAUCAAGAAGAAACUCACUAACAAAUCUGUUCUUGAUAGUUCUGUUUUCAGUUUCAUGGAUUGGUACUACCACUUCAUCAACUUCAACAAUCAGUGCUGUUGAAAACACUUUUCUUGAAUGCAUGUCUUCAAAAGCACAUCCAUUAUCACAAAUUCACACCUCACAAACAUCUUCAUAUUCAUCUCUUUUAUACUCUCCUUCCAUUCAAAACCUUAGAUUGGUCACUUCAAUCAAAGCCGAAAAACCAACUAUCAUACUUACACCAAAGACUGCUUUAGAAAUAAGAAAAGCUCUACUUUGUAGUAAACAAAAUGGGUUACAAAUCAGAGUAAGAAGUGGAGGUCAUGACUAUGAAGGUUUAUCUUCUACUUCAAAUUUCCCGUUCAUAAUCAUCGAUCUUUUAAAUUAUCGAUCGAUCUCUAUCCACCUUAACACUCGAACCGCUUGGGUUCAGGCUGGUGCAACAGUUGGUGAACUUUCUUACAGGAUUAAUGAAAAAAGUAAAACUCUGGCAUUCCCUGUUGGGACUUGUCCUACGAUGGGUGUUGGUGGGCACUUCAGCGGAGGUGGUAUCGGAAUGUUGGUAAGAAAAUAUGGUAUUGCUGCAGAUAAUAUUAUUGAUGCCACAAUACUUGAUGUUAAUGGGAAAAUCCUAAAUAGAACAUCGAUGGGUGAAAAUUUGUUUUGGGCAAUCAGAGGUGGAAGUGGUGCGAGUUUCGGAAUAAUUCUUUCAUGGCAAAUCAAACUAGUCCAAGUUCCACAAGUAGUCACUGUUUUCUCACCUGGAAGAGUACUAGAACAAGAUGCAACAAAACUUGUUAUGAAAUGGCAACAAGUUGCUGAUAAACUUCCUCAAGAUCUAUUUAUUAGACUCGUUGUACAACUCGGCACAUGGAAUGGGAAGAAAACAGUUCAAGUUGUUUUCAACUCACUGUACCUUGGUGGUGCUCAAGAUCUACUCAAAAUAAUGCAACAAAGCUUCCCCGAGCUCGGGUUAACCACAAAUGACUGCAAGGAGAUGAGUUGGAUUGAUUCGGUCGUGAACAUCGGAAACUAUCAACAAGUUUCUCAACUGCUAGAUAGAACACACCCUGAUACAUUGCCUUUCAAAGCGAAAUCCGAUUACGUGCAAAAACCGGUUUCCCAGGCCGGGUUGGAAGGGCUUUGGAAAAGAGUUCUUGAAGAGGAAAUGUAUAUGGUGUACAUAAUUUUAGAGCCGUUUGGUGGAAAGAUGAAUGAUAUUUCAGAGGCAGCUCUACCAUUCCCACAUAGAAAAGGUAAUCUGUAUGAGAUUCAAUAUAUUGUGAAGUGGAAUCAAGGACAACCGGCUCAAAAACAUAUAGAUUGGAUAAGGAAUCUUUACAGUUAUAUGACUCCGUACGUUUCGAGUUCGCCAAGAGCUGCUUAUGUCAAUUAUAGAGAUCUUGAUUUGGGUAAGAACAAUGAUCUUCCGAAUGUGAAUUAUUUGAAAGCUACCCAAUGGGGAACAAAGUAUUUCAAAGGAAAUUUCAAGAAAUUGGCAAUGGUUAAGAAAGAAGUUGAUCCGCAAAAUUACUUCAACGAUGAACAAAGUAUUCCACCAUUUUCAGCAUCAAUAUCACUAAGUGAUAUGUAGGUGACUAAUAAAUUCCGAGUAACCUCUUACUUCUUGAAUUGUACGAGAGUGAGAUAGGAUUGCUAAUAUUUUAUUUUUCCAUCAAUAAAUUGAAAUAUUCAAAACAUUAUGGAGUCUUUUGAUACGAUGAUCCAAGUACAUCCGGAAGUGCUAGACUUACCGAGCUUCUGUUCGGCAAAGUGUUCCGACACAGAAAUGGACGGAAGAGAUCUAAACUCUCUAAUAUAUGGAUUGGUAAAGGGCAGUGGUGGAUCCCAUUCAUAUUAGAUGUGGGAUAAAAAAUCGGGAAAAGCAUUCGGUCAACCUAUCAUUUCCGAAAUAUAUCGCCAUUGUUGCUGCAAUCUUAUUGCUGACGCAUACAUAGGCAACGCAGCAAUUGUAUUUUUUGACAAGUUUUCAACGCAAGAGGGCUAAAUAUAUUGAUAAUUACACGGCUAUUCGUACUUCACGUUUCAAAAAAAAAAGUAACUACUAUUGGGAAAAUUGCCAACUUGCCAGUUUCACUUUUUCU